ACCAGCGGGGUCUGUCAGUGUAGUUCAGCGUGUCCAGUGACAAGUGUCCUCCUGUGGCAACUUGACCGCAAUUGUCCACCGUCCUCUAUCACCAUGUCCCGCUGUCUUUCUUUGGCCCGGUUCGGUAUCACUUUGUCCGCCAGAACCCCUUCAAGAGUACCACCGUGUACACGAAGGCUGAGCUGUUCUGUCUCGCCAUCCCUGACACGGGACCUCCAGGUGGAACCCCAGCAAAGGCGGAGCAGUCGGCCCAAACUGUGGCGCUCUCAGCAGGUGUUUCCUUGGAUCAGCCAGCAGUCAUACUACAGCACGCAAGAAGCUGAAAAGGAGCCUGAGGAGGAACCUUUGCACACCAUCAUCAAAGAUUCUGAGUCUGUGCAAGGCACCUUCUCUAAACAUGAAUUUCAGGCCGAGACGAAAAAGCUUCUGGACAUUGUUGCCAGGUCUCUGUACUCGGAGAAGGAGGUGUUCAUCAGGGAGCUGAUCUCUAACGGCAGUGAUGCUCUGGAGAAGCUGCGCCACAAACUGAUCACAGCAGGUGGCGAGACCGCUCCUAUGGAGAUCCAUCUGCAGACUGACGCUGCUAAAGGCACCUUCACUCUACAGGACACAGGAGUGGGUAUGAACCAAGAGGAGCUGGUUACCAACCUGGGAACUAUAGCACGUUCUGGGUCAAAGGCAUUUUUGGAUGCUCUGCAAAACCAAGCAGAGGCCAAUAGCACCAUCAUCGGGCAGUUUGGCGUCGGCUUCUACUCUGCCUUCAUGGUGGCUGACCGCGUGGACGUCUAUUCUAAAUCGGCUGAGCCCGAAGCACCUGGAUACAAGUGGUCCUCUGAUGGCUCUGGACUCUUUGAAAUAGCCGAGGCCAAUGGUGUUCAGCAGGGCACAAAGAUUGUGUUGUACCUCAAAGAUGACUGCAAGGAGUUUUCCUCUGAGGACAGAGUUAAAGAUGUUGUGACAAAGUACAGCAACUUUGUCAGCUUUCCCAUUUUCCUCAACGGACGGAGGCUGAACACUCUUCAGGCCUUGUGGAUGAUGGAGCCCAAAGAGAUCAGUGACUGGCAGCACGAAGAAUUCUACCGCUACAUCGCGCAGGCGUACGACAAGCCGCGCUACAUGCUGCACUACCGCACCGACGCUCCGCUCAACAUCCGGAGCAUUUUCUACGUCCCUGAAACGAAGCCGUCCAUGUUUGAUGUGAGCAGGGAGAUGGGCUCCAGCGUGGCUCUCUACAGCAGGAAGGUUCUCAUUCAGACCAAAGCCACCGACAUCCUGCCCAAGUGGUUGCGUUUUCUCAGGGGGGUGGUGGACAGUGAGGACAUCCCUCUCAACUUGAGCAGAGAGCUUCUACAGGAGAGCGCCCUCAUCAGGAAGCUUCGUGACGUCCUGCAGCAGAGGGUGAUUCGCUUCCUGCUGGACCAGAGCAAGAAAGAGCCUGAGAAAUACAACACGUUCUUUGAGGACUACGGCCUCUUCAUGCGGGAGGGCAUUGUCACCACCCAGGAGCAGGACGUCAAGGAGGACAUUGCCAAGCUGCUCCGCUUCGAGUCGUCUGCACUGCCGGCGGGCCAGCACACGAACAUGAUGGAGUACUCCUCCCGCAUGACGGCAGGAACACGUAACAUCUACUACCUCUGUGCACCCAACCGCCAUCUGGCUGAAAAGUCCCCCUACUUUGAGGCCAUGAAACAGAAAGACAUGGAGGUGCUCUUCUGCUACGAGCAGUUUGACGAACUGACCUUGCUGCACCUCAGGGAGUUUGACAAGAAGAAGCUCAUCUCCGUGGAAACAGACAUCGUGGUGGACCACUACAAGGAGGAGAAGUUUGAGGACAGUAAACCAGCGUCGGAGCGUCUGACGCAGGAGCAAGCCGACGACCUGAUGGCCUGGAUGAAGAACUCCCUGGGCCCCCGCGUCUCCAACAUUAAGCUCACUCCCCGCCUGGACACACACCCUGCCAUGAUCACCGUGCUGGAAAUGGGCGCGGCGCGACACUUCCUGCGCACACAGCAGAUGGCCCGCAGCGCCGAGGAGAGAGCUCAGCUCCUGCAGCCCACUCUGGAGAUCAACUCAGGACACGACCUGAUCAAGAAGCUCCACACCCUGAAGGACUCCAACUCUGAAUUGGCAGCACUGCUACUGGAUCAGAUUUAUGACAACGCCAUGAUCGCAGCUGGCCUAAACGACGAUCCUCGACCAAUGAUUUCCCGCCUCAACGACCUGCUGACUAAAGCUCUGGAGAAGCACUGAGUGACUUGCUGACUGAAAUAUUUAGAUGGCAGAAGCUCAUGCU